GUCACAGUGCGAGGUGCUCGUAGAUUGAUGUCCAUUCGGUUCAGUGACAUUCAGAGCAGAGGCGAGGAUUAUCAAAACACUCGAAGUUUGUCCACAGAGCGACUUUUACAACGCUUCAGUAAAAAAGGCAGAAGAAGAAAGGCAUCAGUGGGUUUAUUUAAGAGAAUGUGGCAGACUGUAAAAAGUGCAACACAAGACAAUGAAUUGGGCCCUCUUCCGCCACAGCCUAACACAAAUUUAAUGGGCCCUCAGCCAGAUCCAUCUGUUCUCGAGCCAGUGGCUCUACAGGUUCCAGCCGAUCCUCAGCCAGAUCAAUCCAAACUUAAAUCAAUAACUCUGCAGGAUCCAGAUGAUCCUCAACCAGGUCCAUCUGUCCUUGAGACAGCAGUUCUGCAGGAUCCAGAUGACCCUCAGCUGGAUCCGUCUGUCCUCAAGCCCACGGCUCUGCAGAAUCCAGUUGUUCCUCGUACAUUGCCACCUUGGCCUGUCCAGAGUGCUUUCAGGCGAAGAAGACGCAUUGGAGAUCCAGUUCCAUACAUCCCUCCAGCUACUCUUCCAUUUUGUGAAUUUUAUGAAUGGGGAAGGUUAAUUGGAAAAGGAGGCAAUGGCUCUGUGUAUGAGGGGAUCCGGAAAUCUGAUGGCCAGAAGGUCGCCAUCAAAUUUAUUCCAAAGAGGACAAGCGACAAUAAUAUAAAAAUUCUUGGAUGUUUUGAGCCAGUGUUUGAAGAAGUGGCUAUAAAUCUGUUGAUGAAACAGCCUCCGCUAAGUCCGUACAUAGUGUAUAUGCUGGAAUGGUUUGAAGAGGAAGAUGAUUACAUCCUCAUUCUGGAGUAUCCACGUCCCUGCAAGAGUUUGCGCAGAUUCCUCAAUGACAACAGGCCACGACUAUAUGAAUCACUUGCCCGUGGCCUGAUGAUCCAAGCGGUCCUCGGAGCAAAGCACUGUCUUGACCGGGAGGUCUUCCAUUGCAGCAUCAAAGAAGACAACAUGCUGGUCAAUACAUUGACGAUGGAACUCAAAUUAAUAGACUUUGGCGGCAGUUGCCUCGUCAAUCCUUCUGGCUUUGAAAAUGGACAUUUAGGAGGUUGCCGCCCACCUGAGUACCCAAGUGAAUAUCACGCAGGCCCAACAACAGUCUGGAGUUUGGGCGCUGUGCUUUACUCAAUGGUGACUGGAAAUAGGCCUUUUAAGACUGCAUUUGACAGAAUGAUAGCCAAUGUGACGAUUGACCACACAUUAUCCAGAGAAUGCCAGGAUUUGAUAAACCGGUGCCUGGCUCGUGAUCCUGCAGAGAGAGCAACUUUAGAUGAGAUCUUACAGCAUGAAUGGUUUCAGCAGGGUCAAAUUUCAGGAGUAGCUCAGGAGUCAGGUAGUGUAACAUAGGGAAGAAGAGAAAUCCGAAAUUAUUUUUGUGAAAAGCAAGCAGUGCUUAAAUUUUUCUUUACAAUUAUUAAUUCAGCAGAUGCUCCAAAUCAGCCCCAGUGAGGAAAAACAGCACAAACCAUUAACCAAGUUUAGUUAAACAAUAAGCAGCAAACUAGGUGCACAAAAAGGAGAAGCAAAUUAUUAAAGCAAAUAGAAAAACUCUGAAGAGCUAAUCUUGUGCACAAAAAAAGAAGAAAAGUCUUUGGGGAAGUCUGAAAUCAUAAAUCUAGUUAAAUUAUUGGGUGGGAUUUUUUUUUAAUAAAUCAUUUGAAAUUUUACGUAUGGAGUGACUUGUCAGAUGUUGUAAACCUGGUUUAUUUCAAAUUGAUAAAAUUCUAAAUUUUUUAAAUGACAGAUGGUUGACUUCAAACAGUGAAUGAAGUGAAUCAUUUGUAAUAAAAUAAGUUAUAAAGUUAGGUCUAACAAGAAUAUUCAGAUACAGAAAUGUAAUUAAGUGUGAAAUAACACUGCAAAGUGUUUACUGUAUAAAUUAAUUAUAGAUUAAUGUUUUCUAAAGCUGUUUUGUUGUUGUCAGAUAUUUAUAGACUGCUGUCACUAAGACUGAAUGCACAGAUCAAUACACAUUUGAUUUAAUUACCUUCUCUUCCAAGACAACCGAUUGUGUUCAUGAGAACACAACUAGAAUUUUGAGGUAAUUUAGUAUGUGUCUAAUGGGAAAUACUGUUCACAUGCUUUCUGAAACGUGAUUCUCUGUGUUCUCAUCAAUA